AUAGAUAAUUAGUUUGUUGAAAUUGAAAAUUCUCAAUUUAUUUAAAAUGAAUGUUUUUCAUUAAAUGGAGGAGCUUUAUUCAUUAGUAAUAGCAUGUUUCAAGCAGAAAUUAUGAUAAAAAAUAGUAUAUUUCACAAAAAUACUGCCAUAUAUUCAACUGGUGGAGCUAUUCAUUUGGAAAACUCAAAUUUAAAAAUGUUUAAUACUUCUAUUUUUUCUAAUGAAGCUGCUAUUGGAGGAGGAAUUUUUUAUUAAUAGAUUAUUCCAGAUAUUGUGUUGGAGUUCUAAAAAGGAAUAAUUUAAAAUAAUAAAAUUGUAAAUAAUAAUGCUAAAAUUUUUGGCAAGAAUUUUGGAUCAAUAUUAAGAACUAUAAAGGUAAAGUAAGAGGACAUAAAAGUAAACAAUUAAAGCUUAAGUAUAAAAAAUAAUAGCUUAGAAGAAGUAAUAUAAUUGAAAAGUGGUAAUUAAAUAUCAUUUGAGAGAAUUUAAAUCCUUGAUGAAGAAAAUAACCCAGUCUAUAUCCCAAAUUCAAAAGACUCUAAUUUAAAUAAAUAUUGUAGUAGUGUUUAAGCAAUAAUUGAAUAAAUAGAUAUUUCAGUUGAAUGGGAUUAAAGUAAUGAUUAAAUUAAAUGUAUUGGUCAACUUUAAACAAAUUAAUUUAUAAAUGGUUAUUUUUAAUUGAGUUUUUAAGUAAUGAACAAACCGUUAGGCAGCGCAGUUUUAAAACUAGUUUCAAAUACAAUUUCAGAACUUUAAGAUUCUAAGUAAUAGGUUUAUUUUAAAUAAGGAAAGCUUCAACUAGAAAUCAAAGUAUAAUUUUUAGAAUGCUCAGUAGGAGAAAUUUUAACAAAUUAAGAGAAAUCACUUAUAUGUGAAUAAUGUCCUGAUGGCAAAUAUUCAUUAAACCUUAAUGAUACAGCUUGCCGAUAAUGCCCAGAUUCGGCUAUUAAAUGUAUUGGUUCUAAUAUAUACUUAAGAAAUGGGUAUUGGAGAGAAAAUUAAAACACAGAUUAUAUUGUUUACUGUGAUUUUAAUCCAAAUUUAUGUUAAUCUGAAUUAAAUCUAUCAAAAUAGAAUUGCAUUUAAGGUUACAAAGGUCCUAUUUGCAAGUCUUGUGACACUUAUGGUGAUGUUUGGGAAUAUAGGUAUUUUUACCUAUUUGAUGGAGGAAAUUGCUAUAGGUGUAGCUAAUAGAUUUCAAAUAUACAAAACUUGCAGGAUAUUUUAUUAAUAAGGCAGAUUUAAUUUUCUUAGGCACAACAUUAAUUCAUUAAGACAAAUCAUAAAUAGUUUCCAAGAUUUUAACAGAUCAUCUCUAAUUGUUAUCUUUACUUAAUAUAUUUUAAAUGA